GAGCAGAUGCCCACCAGGGGAAGGAUGGAGUGGAAGAGCAUCUCAAGGGGCCAAGCGGCCAGCGUCUGAGGCCCAGGCUGAAAUUAAGAGGAAGAGUUAGAGAGGAGGCCAGCGCUGAGAAAAUGCAAGGGUCUGAAGAUGUGGACUCCAGCGGUUGGGCGGCACCUGGACGGGAAGCGACGGGAGCCUGGGGGCAGGGCCCAGGGGCGAAGAAUCCGGAAAGCACUGUAUUGAUAAGUUUUGAAGCUGGGGCUGGAUCGCUAAGGUGGGCGGAGCUGGGGCGGAGCCUGGCUGGGACCCGAGUCCUGGCAGUUGUGUGGAGAACACAGCUUCUAGAGCUCAUUUCUCUACGAGAUCGCUUAUUUCUCCGUGAAUUAUUUUCCCCUUCUCUAGGUUGGGGAAGAAUAACUGUGGCAGUUGGGCAGCCUGGACAUCGUGACCUGCACCGUGGUCUGCUUCCCAGGGUCCCCAGGUUGUGUGCAGAGGCGAUCCAGAGAGAGCUCGCGCUGCAUGCAGCCCUGGGCCUCAAAGCUGAUGGGCCACUGUCAUCACUGAAGCUUAUUCUUGGCUCCACCAGGCCUCCAAAAAGUGUUGGGAGCGAGUCGGUUGUCUGUUCCAGCCGGGCCACUGUGAUGCUUUAUGAUGACAGCAACAAGCGAUGGCUCCCCGCGGGCACGGGUCCCCAGGCCUUCAGCCGCGUCCAGAUCUAUCACAACCCCACAGCCAACUCCUUCCGGGUCGUGGGCCGGAAGAUGCAGCCUGACCAGCAGGUGGUCAUCAACUGUGCCAUUGUCCGGGGUGUCAAGUACAACCAGGCCACCCCCAACUUCCAUCAGUGGCGUGAUGCCCGCCAGGUCUGGGGCCUCAACUUCGGCAGCAAGGAGGAUGCAGCACAGUUUGCUGCUGGCAUGGCCAGUGCCCUAGAGGCCUUGGAAGGCGGAGUGCCUUCUGGGCCUCCCAUACCAUCUUCCUGGUCAGCCCAGAAUGGACCCUCUCCAGAGGAGCUGGAGCAACAGAAAAGGCAGCAGUCCUGCCCGCCAGAGCACAUGGAGCGCGAACGCCGAGUCUCCAACGCAGGAGGCCCUCCUGGGGCUCCCAGUCUGGCCGCAGCAAUCGCUGGAGCCAAACUCAAGAAAGUCAGCAAGCAAGAGGAGGUCUCGGGGGGGCCCUUGGUCCCCAAAGCUGAGAGCAGUCGAAGCACAGGUGGGGGGUUCAUGGAGGAGAUGAGCGCCAUGCUGGCCCGGAGAAGGAAAGCCUCGCAAGUUGGAGAGAGACCCCCCAAGGAUGAAUCCGCCAGUGAGGAGCCAGAGGCCAGAGUCCCAGCUCAGAGUGAACCUAUGCGGAGACCCUGGGAGAAGAACAGCACAACCUUGCCAAGGAUGAAGUCGUCUUCGGUGGCUGCUUCUGAGCCUCACUCCUCCACGCCCACCUCUGCCAAUGAGUCAGACCUGGACAAUGUGAAGCAGGAGCUUCUGGAAGAGGUGAGGAAGGAACUGCAGAAAGUCAAAGAGGAGAUAAUUGAAGCCUUUGUCCAGGAGCUGAGGAAGCGGGGUUCCCCCUGACCCAGGACCCAGAAGACCCGUUUCUCCUUUCUGCACACCCUGCGUGUUACCCUGCUUCCCUGCCUCUACUUGACAUGGAAAUUGGCUGAAGACUACACAGGAAUGCAUUUUCCCCCCUCUUCAUCCCGCUUGGAAAAUUCCACGGGGGUGUGGCUUCCUUGGCACCAUGGCUACACCCUUACUGGCUGCUGAUUGGCUGGGGAGGCCCCCACUGUUUGCUCCCUUUGGUCCUUCCCGCCUGCCAUCCCCUUGGGGCUGGUCCCUCUGCUGGGGAUGUACCAAUUAACCCCACAGUAAGGGGGAAGGAGGGAGGGAAUUUCACAUUCCCUUUCUAGAUUCACUUUGACACUUAUGCCUUCGAUUUUUUGUUUUUUUAAGGAUAAAAAAAUAUAUAUAUAUUUGGGUUUUGGGGGAAAGGAAAUUUUUUUUCUCUUUGGUUUUGAUAAAAUGGGGUGUGGGGGGUUUUAAAUGCAAUAGCCCCAGGAUUGCCCCAUUUGGGGCAACUAUUUAAGAGGGGGUAUCCCAUCGUGUGGGGUUGCUUCCCCCCACAUGAGGAUCCCUUUUCCCUCUGACCCCUUCCUCUUUUCUAUGCGAAAUUAAGAUGCUGUAACUUUUUGGAACUUCAGUUUUUUUUCACUUUUUUAUUUGGGUAGGUUUUAGGGUCCAGACCAUUUUGAUCCCCUGGGGAGAGUCAUUCAGGAGAAAAGGAGAGGAGGAGGAGGAGGAGGAAAACUCCUCUUUGUCUUCACCUUUAGCUUCUUGAAAAUGGGUCUUUGCCUAAUAAACCUCCUGUUUUAU